AUGUCUACCACUAUCAACGGAUACAAACAUGAGUCACAGCGGAUAGCGCACACGGAAGAAAAGCACCUCCCGGGUGGAUGGCAGGUUCUCAAGUUUGGUGGCACGUCUGUCGGCAAGUUUGCUGGAAACAUAGCGGAUAUUGUCAAGAGCGGCCUCGUUCAUCACCGCACCGCUAUCGUGUGUUCUGCUCGUAGCAACAACACCAAACUUGAAGGCACUACGAACCGCCUCCUCCGCGCCGCUCGCGCUGCCGAGAGAUCGGGAGAUCGAGGAUAUGAUGAGAUUGUCGAAGCCAUUCGUCUGGACCACAUACAGGCCGCGAAGGAUAUCUUGAAGAAGGAUGAUAUACUUGCUGCCUUCACCGCAGACGUCAACGCCGAGUGCGAGAGUCUGGUCAAGAUUCUCGAGUCCGCGCAGCACCUUGAGGAAGUGACGAGCCGCGCUGAGAAUAAGAUUAUCAGCAUUGGUGAAAAGUUGAGCUGUCGUUAUAUGGCCGCGUUGCUGAAUGAUCGCGGGACCCCGGCGCAAUUUGUGGACGCAUCAGACGUUGUCAUCAAGCCUGAGACGCGUUCCGAUGGCGCUCUGAACGAAUCGUUCUAUACGGAUCUCGCCAGAUCAUUGGCCAAAGAAGUUGAAGCUUGUGGAGAAAAAGUCCCUGUAAUCACCGGAUACUUUGGAAAUGUGCCCGGAGGAAUUCUCAGUACUGUCGGCCGCGGUUACACCGACCUCUGUGCAGCGCUUGUCGCGGUUGGUAUCCAUGCAGAAGAACUUCAGAUCUGGAAGGAAGUCGAUGGUAUUUUCACUGCAGAUCCUCGCAAGGUCCCUACGGCACGCCUCCUACCCACCGUAACGCCCUCCGAAGCCGCCGAACUUACCUUUUAUGGCUCCGAAGUCAUCCACCCCUUUACCAUGGAGCAAGUGAUCCGCGCUCGCAUCCCAAUCCGCAUCAAGAAUGUAAUGAACCCGCGAAAUAACGGCACCGUCAUCUUCCCCGACAAGCUCGACGAGCUCAAAUCCACGACGCCUCUCAAGGAUUCCAAGCUCUUCCGCACGCGCUCUUCCAGCCAGCUCAUGCGACACCAGCGUCCCAAGCGCCCUACCGCUGUCACCAUCAAGCACAACGUCAUCGUGCUCAACGUUCACAGCAACAAGCGUACACGCGCACACGGCUUUCUCAUGAGCAUCUUCAGCAUCCUCGACCGCUGGCACCUUUCCGUCGACCUCAUUUCGUCUUCGGAAGUUCACGUCUCUAUGGCCCUGCACUCUGAAUCUGCUCUGCUCAGCGGCGGCGGCGAGGAUGAGUACAAGAUCCACGACCACGAUCUCAAGGGCGCCGUCAAUGAUUUGGGUGCCCUUGGAGCCAUCGACAUCGUGCCCGAUAUGGCCAUCGUGAGUCUGGUUGGUAGGCAGCUGAAGAACAUGAUUGGUAUCUCCGGCCGAUUCUUCAGCGUGCUGGGCGAGAACAACAUCAACAUCGAGAUGAUCUCUCAAGGUGCCAGUGAGAUCAACAUUUCGUGCGUUAUCGAGGAGCGCGAGGCCAAUCGCGCACUCAACGUCGUCCACACGAAUCUCUUUACAUUUUUGGAAUGA